UCAAUAUUUUUAUAUAGAUGUGAUCAACGUUAGUGUUUUAUGUAUUUUUUAAAUAAAUAAUUAUCAUAAACAAGUAUAAAAUGAGUUAAUGAGUUCUAGGAAGUUCUAGUGCAUUUAUAUUUAUAUCACAUAUCGUAUAUGGUUCGAACUAUAAUUUUAAUGGGCUACAAAUUUAGUAGCUCAAAAUGCCUGAUCAUUUGCCUUGGAUUUACCUUUUUAAUGGGCUGUUUCAUAGCUACGUUACCAAUCCCGCCACCAGAACCGCAAAAUUUAAGACUAUCGUCAAGAACACUUGACAAAAAGAAGCUAGCCAUCAUAGUUCCAUUCAGAGAUAGAUUUGAAGAAUUACUAGAGUUUGUACCGCAUAUGUAUAAAUUCCUAGGCAAACAACACAUACCGUUUCAUAUAUUUGUAAUCCAACAAAAAGACGUGAAUAGAUUCAAUCGUGCGUCCUUAAUAAAUGUGGGAUUUCUCUAUACAAAAGAGAAAUACGAAUAUAUAGCUAUGCAUGAUGUGGAUUUGUUACCUAUUAAUGAUAAUUUAAAGUAUAGCUAUCCAGCAUUAGGGCCCUUACACAUUUCGUCACCGCAGACACACCCUAAGUACCAUUAUGAUACUUUUAUUGGUGGCAUUUUGUUGAUAAAGAAAGAACACUUUGAAAUGGUUAAGGGUAUGUCUAAUAACUAUUGGGGUUGGGGGCUGGAAGAUGACGAGUUCUAUGUACGGUUGAAAGAUGCGGGGCUGAAAGUGAUCCGGCCACAGAAUAUUACAACGGGCACGGAAAAUACAUUUAAACAUAUCCACGAUAAAUCAUAUCGCAAGCGAGAUAUGAGGAAAUGCUACAACCAGAGAGAAGUAACCCGUCACAGAGAUAGAAUCACCGGUCUACACGACGUCUCUUACACUAUACACAGCACGCACAGUGUUGCUAUCGACGAUUUACCCAUAACAGUGGUAAAUGUGGAACUUUUGUGCAAUAAAACAGCAACACCGUGGUGCCAGUGCCCCGAUCCGCCGAAAGUUAAAAAGAAUAGCUGAAAGUGAAAUGUGUUUUUAUAUGAAUAAUGGACCAAUAGAAAUAUAUGGUCUUGCCACAAAACAAUUUAAACACAGUCUAACUUUAAAACAGGGAUCUCUUAUAGUUGUCUAUGUAAAAUACGACAAAACCAGAUUAAAGGGAACCUGCGCUUAAAGUUAAACCUUGUCUAAAGUUUUUUGUGGUAAGACAGAUAAUAUCAGUGAAAAAAUUGCAUGUCUAUGGUAAGGAUAUGAUUUUGUGUUUCAAACUGGUGUGUGAGUUGUGUCACAACUAUUUCCUUGCUUUUGUUUUUCUUUUGAUGUUUUGAAAAAUGACAGUUUUCGCCAAGUGUGGUAGGAACUA